AUGCUUCCAGUGGAACGCCUCAAACAAGCAGCCGACAACACCCUAUCCAACAAAGUCAUAUUCACUGAAGGAUUUGCCUAUGGUCCCGACGAAGGCUACUUCCCCCUAAGAAAAAAUAUAGCCAACUGGCUAUCCCGAUACUAUGCACCUGCACAGCCCAUCAGCGCAGAGCGGAUAUGUAUUACUGGCGGUGCCAGCCAGAAUCUAGCAUGCGUAUUGCAGGUAUUCACAGACCCAGCACAGACAGAGAUUAUAUGGCUCGUGGAGCCAACGUAUCAUCUUGUCUUCUGGAUAUUUGAAGAUGCUGGGUUUAGUGGUCGGAUGCGGGGGAUACCCGAGGACGAGGAGGGAAUGGACGUUGCUGCACUUGAACGUGCUUUGGAUGCAUUUGAGCGUAGUGGAGACUCGGCCUCUCAAGAUGACCAGAAGAAGAGACACAAGCCCCAUAGACCGUAUAGAAAGAUAUACAAGCAUGUCAUCUAUUGUGUUCCGUGUUUCUCUAAUCCGUCGGGGACGACAAUGUCUCACUCGCGGCGCGAGGCACUGAUCAGAGUGGCACGGAAAUACAAUGCUCUUGUCGUCGCUGAUGAUGUGUAUGAUUUCCUCAGUUGGGGUGUGACACAUCCUGCCAAACCUGUUUCAUGUCCUCAGCUGCGUCUCGUGGAUAUAGAUCGCGUGAUUGAUGGUGGUCCAGAAGAUCGAUUCGGCAAUGUCGUGAGCAAUGGAUCCUUCAGCAAGCUUAUUGGUCCGGGAUGUCGAGUUGGAUGGGCUGAAGGGACCGAAGACUUCAUCCAUGGUCUUUCUCAGGCUGGUUCUACGCGCUCUGGUGGUGCUCCUUCGCAACUAACGUCAACUUUCAUCAAUGAGCUACUUGAGGAUAACUUCUUGCCUGAAUAUAUUGCCAAUAUCAUAGUCCCAGAAGGACGAAGAAGACAUUGUCUUCUAGCAUCGGCAAUUAAGACGCAUCUCGGUCAUUUUGGCGUGUCAUUUACUCCUGAUCCGGAGACUAAUCCAGUCGCGGGGGGAUACUACAUCUGGAUUCAGCUACCGGCCGUAUUGACCGCGACUCAGGUUUGCCAGGAGGCCCUAGAGCUGCAAAAUUUGGUACUGGGUUGCGGUGAGACAUUUGCAGUUCCUGGAGGGAAUGCCCCAGGGGGAGAUUUGCAUCGCAGGCUGAGACUUUGUUUCAUGUGGGAGGAUGAAGGGCGGCUAGUUGAAGGGGUGGGUAGGUUAGGGCUUGUCAUUCAGAGUAUACUGACAAAAGUCAGAUAG